AUGUCCUAUCAGCAAGAUAUAAACAAGAGCAUCGUUGCGAUUAUCAAUGGAUUUGAUUACAAUAUUUAUCAUGAACAAGAAAAAGAAGAUUUAGCGAUUUUAUCGACUAAUGCCUUGCAGAAAAAAUUGAAGAGAUUAGAUGAACAGAUUAUAUAUCUUCGUGCCGAGAACCGGCUAUUGCAGAAUUAUUUAAUAUGGUAUGAGAAGAAGAUAGUUCCUCUUCAAGAUAAACGAAUAAUAGAAAAUAUUUCUCUUCCAAAUAAGGUUAAACCUCAUUUUCAACAAAUUUCGAAGACUAAAACCAAACAACCAUUAGCGAUCGAGAAGAAACGUCAAAUCGCCGAGACGAGUUGCAAGGUUCUACAAGCUUAUAAUAAAAAACAUGGACUUAACAUCACACACUACGUUGAUGAAUACAUUAACACGGUCGAAACUGUCGAUGAAACCAUCGAUCAUUUAGAGCGUGAAUUGAGUACAUUGAAGAAGUUCAUGCAAAAAAUUCAAGUCGAGCUUAUCGAAACGCAGAAGAGAUUCACGACAGAAGAAUUGUUUGAAUUCUUUCAUGAAAGAAUGCAUUACCUUGAAGCAUUGGACGAAAGAAAACGUCAAAAAACUGUUCGUCUCCGUUUCCAUAUAGAUGGUGUCGAACAAUCGAUUCGAAAGGUUCGUCAAAUCGUUGAUACGGUAACCGAAGUCGAUUUUGAACAAUUGAAAAUCGAUAUUGAUAAACAAUUGAAAGAAAUGAGUAGAAAAAAUAGAAUGCUCGUUUUUUAUAAACGACAACAAUCGGAGGCAAAUGUCAAACUCAAUGCGAAAAAACCUGAAUUAUUCAAAGAACUUCGCGCACUCGUAUCCAUACGUAGAGAAACGAAUCUUCGAAUACAGUUGAUCAAAUAUUACAAUGAACUGGAACAAAAACUGCAACAUGAGAUUCACCAGUAUGAGAUAAUCAACGAGUCUACUCAUAAAUUGUCGAAAACAUAUCGUGUUCCAUCGAUUGUAAACUACGUUGACUUGAAAUCGAAACAAGCGAACCUUCACAAUACUCUACACAUCUGGCAACGUAAAGUUCAAAUUGCUGAACACGAAUUAGAAUUACGUCGCGUAGAAUCCCAUCGAUAUCCCGAACAAAUUAUUCAUCCAUGGAAAUAUCUUCAAAAUCCAUCUUCUCUUCUAAUGUAUCAACAUUAUCAUUCACCAUCUAUCCGUACCAAUGAUCAAGAAGUUCUUCCAAAACUAGACACACGUUCGUCUGCUCGUAUUAGCACAUAG